CUUCACCUCUCUCCAUUCAACCUACAACAACCCAAGAUUCUGAGUUUAAUUCUUCAGAGUUGCUGAACAGAAAAGAAGGAGGAGGAGACUACUUUAUUCAUAUAAAUCUUGUUUCGAAUGAAAAACUCUGUUGUAGAGAGGAACAGGAAUGUCUAAUAUAUCGACGUCUCUUUCUGAAGUUUGCCUUACUCUCUCUCGCCUUACCAUGUCCAUCGCCGAUCCAUGGCCCUUUUCAUGAACUUCUUCUACCUCUAACCAAAUCCUUUCAGCUUAUUCUUGUCAGCUUAUACCGACAAAAAAGGAAAACACGCUCGCAAACAAAGGUCGAUUUACUCUUUUGUUUGGUUUUAUCCAUGAGGAAGAUAAGAGGCUUCAAGAUCGGGAAGCGGCUAGUCCAAAUCUCCGGCUGGUUCAUCCGAAAAUCUAGGAAUCCACUUGGAUACCGUUCCACGACCCAAAAAGCGUCGUUUUGUAACUCGAAGCCUUUCUCCAAACUUAUUGCUUGGUGUCGCCGCUUGACACAAGGAGCCAAAUCUCUUUGCUCAGUGAAACCCGGGUCGGGUUACGUCCCCAUUAGUCAAGACCCGAUCAAACAUGAAGUCCCGAAAGGACACUUGGCCGUCUACGUUGGUAAAAAAGACGGCAAUUUUCAUAGAGUUUUGGUACCCGUUAUUUACUUUAACCACCCUUUGUUCGGCGAGCUCUUGCGAGGAGCCGAAGAGGAGUAUGGUUUUAGCCACCAAGGUGGAAUCACAAUUCCUUGCGGGUUCUCGGAGUUUGAGAGAGUCCAGAACCGGAUCGCAGCCGGAACCAGAGGAUUGAAAAUGUCAUGGAAGCGCUACCAUAGGAAGGCCGCUGCCGGUGGUGGUAAAAGUGGUUGAUAUUUGAAUAUUUUGAUAAUACCAUAAUUAAUUAUGGGCAAUGAUUGUGACUACGAUGUCUUCGGAAUUAAUGUUUUGGUAGAUUUAUUACCCUUUUUUUUCACUUUUUCGAAGACGCGGUGCUAUGGAUUUUC